AAGACGGAUUGGAGAAAAGAAUACGAAAGGAUUUCAAAUGGCAAAAGUGUCACAUUAAACAGCUAAGAUGAUUUAAACGGGUAUAUGUUAAUACUCUAAUUUAAGGUGGGGAAGUUAGCUUUUGCCAUUAAAAAAUGUGUGUGUGUAUAAUUCUUGAUUCAAUCACUCAAUAUCACAUAUAUUUCUUCCUCAUUUCCUUUCCACCCAGCCAAACAAGGUUCCUUUCUUUCUCUAAGCGCACCUCUUUCUUCCCUCCUACUUUUCUCUCAUUUAAUUUUCCACCCGUUGCAGUAAACCGAGCAUUAGUGAACAUAGCAUUCAUUUAUUAGAAAACCACAGCAAGAAAAAAUCUUGACCAAUAUCAAUGAACCAAAGCUAGAUUAAAUGCGUACCUAUCCAACUUCAAAUCUGAUGUGGAUUGCAACAACUCCGCGCUAGGAGAAAUGACAUUUUGGCCACAUUAAGAUGAGUUGUGUGAAUGAAGUGCUUGAUAAUAAAAGAAAAAGUUGCCACGGCACCAUGUGGUUUCUGGUAAUUUCUUAAUUUUUUUUCCUUUUUGAUGUCUGAAUGCCUAUUUUGGAAGCCAGCCAUGCGGAAUCUAUUCUGUGAACAUAGCGACAAAAAUGGAAGACUUUUUACAAGUAUAAGAAACGCUCUAAAAAGCUAGUAGUAGGUGUGGAAGUUUGCAGAUACCCCUAUCCCUCCCCCUUCUGUCUGUGUCAGUGAGCGGAAAAUCAAUGGCAAGUCCGAUCUUGAUCACAGCAUCCUAUAAGUACAGAAAAUGUCUGCGAAACCAUGCAACUUCUGUCGGUGACUAUGUUGUAGAUGGUUGUGGUGAGUUCAUGCAAGGAGGAAAUGAAGGUAACCAACAAGCUCUCAUUUGUGUAGCUUGCGGCUGCCACAGAAAUUUUCAUCAGAGGGAGCUCAUUUACACCGAUGCUCUCCAUAAUCGUUUUUCUCUCACUCCUAUUUUCCUGUAUGGUGUGCAACCAACAAUGCGAGUCAGAGGAAGGGACUUUGUACUACUUCCAGAAGCUUCCUUCGUGGAUCCUCCUCCACAUCCAGCUUCUCCUCCUAAUCCUCCUAAUCCUUCUGUGUCUCCACCUCCACCAUCACCUUCAUCGUCUCCUGAUGCUGCUGAUGUUAAUCAGCAGUCCCUCUGAAGUAAUAAGAAUAAGCAGCUGGUGAAGGUGAGAUUGAAGAGGAUAGAGCUAUCAGCAAGAGGCUGUCUAGAGGCAAUGAAAAUAAAUAAAUGCCUUUGUAGUUAUUGUCAUAAUUAGGGUACAAGGCUAAGCGUUAUGUUUGUUUUUUUAAAGUUUCUUCCUGUUCUUGCUAAUUCAGUUGUCGAUGUAUGGAGUUGCAUCAAGUAAUAAAAUAACUUAUCUUUGAAAAUUAUAAUGUUAUCUCUAUGAAGUGGUAGUGAAUUAUUUGUUAUUUGGCUGGUAGGAUAGAAAAGAAUGCUACUUCGUCAAUAUUUUAACUGAGAUAAUACUAUUGACUCAACAAAAAUUAUAUGUAUGUAUAUAUAUAUUUUGUGUUGGAACCUUGAGGAAAUGAUCCUUAGUAAGAGGCUUCAUAAAGUAUCCCUUCCACCUCUUGUUUUUGUGCGUUACAUUUGAUUUAGCUCUGAAUUAUCCAUUUCAUAAACCUUAAAUCUAAAAACAUGCUUUAUAGAAUUUAAACCUUUAUUUUUUUUUUGUUUGAUAAGUAAAAUUUAUAAAAAGCGCUCAAAAGGGGCUAACUGUGUUUGACAUUAUUAACUUUAUGUCCUUUUUUAAUUUUGAAUGUUUUUCAGUUUUUGUUUCCAUUGGCGUUUUUAACUGUCUAUUACUUUUUAGACUUCCAGUCUAAUUUAGUAGAGCAUCUGUUGGCUUU